UUACAAUUGGACGCUUCUGUAAGCCGCUCAUUGGCUGCUUUAAUCAGUGACUGUUCCUCUUCUGUCUGAGCAGAAACGGAGUGCAGGAUGCCUGGGCACAGAUUGGUUUUAGUAUUAGGAGACCUGCACAUCCCUCACCGUUGCAAUAGCCUGCCUGCAAAGUUCAAAAAACUGCUUGUACCUGGGAAGAUUCAGCACAUUCUGUGCACGGGAAACUUAUGCACCAAGGAAAGUUUUGACUACCUGAAGACUCUGGCUGGGGACGUUCACAUUGUCAGAGGAGACUUUGACGAGAACUUAAAUUACCCAGAACAAAAGGUUGUGACUGUUGGACAGUUUAAAAUCGGUUUGAUUCAUGGCCACCAAGUAAUACCAUGGGGAGAUAUGGCUAGUCUGGCCUUGUUACAGAGACAGUUGGAUGUUGAUAUCCUGAUUUCUGGACAUACACAAAAAUUUGAAGCAUUUGAACAUGAAAACAAAUUUUACAUCAACCCAGGAUCUGCUACCGGAGCUUACAAUGCAUUAGAAAACAAUAUUAUUCCUUCCUUUGUACUGAUGGACAUCCAGGCCUCCACUGUUGUCACCUAUGUGUACCAGUUAAUUGGAGAUGAUGUGAAAGUAGAAAGAAUUGAGUAUAAAAAAUCAUAAAAUAGAACUGCCAACUGUUUCAUGGCCUUAAUUUUUUCAUUCCAUGAAUUUAGCUAAUGAGAUGGUCAUGACAAACCCUGCAAAAGCUAUAGGCAGAUAAUUAGCUAUGUACUAAUAUUUGCAUUAUAACUUCCUCUGAAUUUGCUGGAAUAGGAAUCUGUACAUCAGAUAAUUUGUUCUUUUAAAUGUGUUGCAAAUCGUGUGCCAUGUUUAUUUACUAUGUAAAAAAAAAAAAAAAAACAUUGACCUGUAAAUAUCAAAUGCUAACAUUCGUGUGCUACCAUGAAAUAAUAGUAUGUAUUAAAAGUUUAUAGUCCAUUUAUCAUUUCUUGCUGUUUAUAUAAAUGCAGUUGUAUAUACAUAGAUUUUUACAUUUCUUGCAACUUUCGCAAGCCUAACAUAUAGACAGCAGCUUUUGGCGCACAGAAUCCAUUAAAGCAUAAUGUCCACAAAAAACAUUAACCCUUUAAGUAUGAACAGAUUGACCCUUCGGUGUCUUUGCCAUAGCUUGUACAAAAGUGUUGACAAAUUAGAAAAUCUUGGGGUUAAAUUGUAGCCUGUGGUAAAAAUGCAUUGGACAGGAAUACCUGGUGCUUGCUGCUGUCUAGUGCAUCACAUAAAGGUCAGCUCACUUAUCUUUGCUCUGAAUAAAACAGGCCAUUGCAAUACCUUUAAAUGAAGGCAAUCAGAGUGUCUACUGUGAAUAUUGCGGACCACCUCUGCUACAAUGGAAAUCAAUUGGGCAUGUGCACUAGGCACCUUUUUUUGUUUUCUUGUCUUCACAGUCAGGAGGAGAGCUCAGAAAUGAAAAGGGGAGGAGCUAAAAUUAGUUACCUGUGCUGUUGAAAGUAAAUUAGAGAAAGCAGGGAGAAAGAUAUUAUUCUGGGCACUAUUUUAGGGGAUAGAAAAAAAUAGUGUUCCUCAAAGCACCGUGCCCUCAUUUUGGCUCACUCUCCUGGGAUCCUGUGCACUGCCCAUGGCCAGCUCUUACACAAUAUAAUACAUUAUUUUUGGCCAAAUUCGAAUUUAUCUUUUUCAUCCUCACUAAGGUUAGGUACAGAUAGCUGAUAUGACUCCCCAACUCCGUUUGACAUGUAGCAUUGCUGAACCAUGUCAGCCUACUGGUGAACACUGGAGAAAUAAUCCUGCAACCAGUCUGGCCAGUCUGAAUGAAAUAGGCUAGGUUGGCUGACCAAUAGUUGUAUGUGAUGCCAGCAAUAUUCUGCAUUCCAGGCCUUCUAAUAACAUACACUGAAAAUGUAUUGGAAAUGAAGCAAUCCAUUCUCCCUCUGCAUGCUAUUCCCUGGGCCUUUUUUUCCCUUAAUGAUAUUUUUUUUGGAGAUAACUGAUGGAUGGAAUUGAUAUAUAUGUACAUCAUAUUAAAGUUAUUAUUGGUA